UCGUAAGGAACUAAUUUCAUUGAUAGUUCUACUUAGCCAAGAAGAUGAAACCAUACCCAUAGGAAUUACUCUGAAUUUACUACAAAAAGCUCUCAAUAUUGAUUCUUCUAGUCUGAUACGAGAAUUUUGUCUUGAAUCAUUAAGAUCUCUCAACGGAAUAGUUAACCCUAUGAAAAUAUUAAGAAUCAAUGAAACUUCUGCCACCAACCCAUUCACAUACGAAGAUACUGAGAAUGAUGAAAAUGUUCUAAAUGAGCAUGAAAUCGUAACCACUGAGAAUUCAUGUCCAGAGGAGGAAAAGAAUCAAGAAAAGGAGAAAACUGAAGAGCUCACCGAGAAACCACCCGAAGAACCGAUUGAUGGAAAUUCCGACAAAGCUCUAAUCACACCAACUUCUCAAACAAAUGGUGAUACUCAUGAAGUGGAAACUGAUGCUGAUGACGAACUUGAAGGUUUUGACAAUCUAGAUGAAGACACUAAAACUACCGAUGUAAUAAUGAUUCAAGAAGAUUCUAAAGAGAUUGAUAAUUCUCCUGGAAAUGGGGAUUGUAUUGUUUACGAUGUUGAAAGUGGUGACACAGUUAAAACAAGUAAAAGUGACACCGGAGAUAAAGAUGAUGACCUGGAAAUUGUAAGCGUUAAAUCAGGUAUCAAUGCAGUUAAACGAGAUUCUGACAUUGUCAUUACCAGUCCAAGUAAAAGGAGCAGAAUUGUUCAAGAAGAUUCUCAAUCAUCAAGUCGCUCAUUAACCAUAAUAGAAGUACCAACAACAAUUAUCCAUGAAAUCGGCGAAUCGAGUGGGGAAAUGAUUUCUGAUUCCGACAUAAUCAAAGAUUUUAUUGCCGAUUAAAUCUCUAAUCAGAAAAAGUAAAUCUCUCUAGUGUUUAAAUUGAAAAAAAACUAUUUUCUAUCACCAGUUUUUCCAUUACUGUUUCAUUUUGAAUUGAUUAAAUCAAUUUUCCAACACCAGUGAA